GCCGAGCGAGGUCGUAUCGAAGUCUACCUUCAAGGCAGUUGGCAGACAGUUUGUAGUAAAAAUUUCUCUAUUGAAGCUGCUAAUGUCGUCUGUCAGCAGCGAGGUUGGGGCAAAGCUUUUUCCUACGGCACAUUUUACGAUUCAGGAACCGGCAUGAUUGGCUUGGUUAAUGUCAAAUGCACAGGCUAUGAACAAUCCUUGAUUGCUUGCUCUUAUGAAUCAACAAACGUAUCAUCUAUAUGUACUCACAAAGAUGAUGUUGGAGUUUACUGCAGUACA